AUGUGUCCAGAAGAAAGUCUUCUCAGCGGCCAUGUAGACAGUCGAGAUCACACUGCAGAGUGGGAUUUCAACUGCUCAGAAUGUGGGAAGGGAUUCACUUGCUCAUAUAAACUGAAGGUACAUCAGCGAGUUCACACUGCAGAGAGGCCAUUCACUUGCAAAGACUGUGGGAAGGGAUUCACUUGGUCAUCUAAUCUGAAGGACCAUCAGCGAGUUCACACUGGAGAGCGGCCGUUCACCUGCUCAGACUGUGGGAAGGGAUUCACUUGCUCAUCUAAACUGAAGGAACAUCAGCGAGUUCACACUGGAGAGAGGCCAUUCACCUGCUCAGACUGCGGGAAGGGAUUCACUCAGUCAUCCACCCUAAAGGCUCACCAGCGACUUCACACUGGGGAGAGGCCAUUCACCUGCUCAUUCUGUGGGAAGGGAUUCACUUGCUCAUCUAAACUGAAGGUACAUCAGCGAGUUCACACCGGAGAGAGGCUGUUCACCUGCUCAGACUGUGGGAAGGGAUUCACUUUGUCAUCUCAGCGACUGAGACACUAG